CCUAUAUUUUCAGCAAAAUGCAUAGCCAAAUUGUUCUGUGCCUUAUUGUCUGCCUCAUCAGCCUUGUUGCUAGCCAAGGUUACCUGACCACAUGCGCUCGUAUGGAUGUUCCCUAUUUAGAGAAAGCGGCGCAUGCUCUAUGUAUAGCAUCGUGCAGUGCUCAGAAUUGUGCCACUGGACAUUGUGAGAUGAGGGAUGGACGAAAAACUUGUGUCUGCUCACGUUGUGCCAAUGGUGGAGGAACCUUCCCACUCGAAGCACUUAUAGGGCUCAUGAGUCGUUGAUCAUUCCUUUUAUGUAAACAUUGUUGGUUGUUAUGGGCUAAUGUCAAUAAACUAAUCUUAAGCG